GUUGUGCUCGCAUUUGGUAAUGUUACAUACACUAACAAAAUUAAUGUCAUACAUAUGAUAUCCUGGAAUUACUCCUGUUAAACAUUACUCCUGAGUGUGUUUUGUCAUGUUAGCAGCUUACAGGAAUGAAAUAAUGAAACGUAUUCAUUGUACUAUCUUUGUGUUGGUGUGAUGGCAAAGAAUGUGAGGCAUGAAGAUUGUGAAAAGCUCAGCGAGUCAGUAAUGUCAGUCUGCGCCUUGCCAGUGUGUGACUUCCCAUCCGUUGUGGCCACAAAGGUGUUGUCUUUACUGACAUGGAGAGACAAGAUGAAUGCUGUAGCCAGUAUCCCACCCUGGGAGGGCCACCUUCAUUCUGCCGGGGCAUGGCCUGCUGUACUAUACCAAACAGAGGCAGAGGCCAAUGUGUACUUUGUGAGGGACAUGAGGACAUGUUUGCUGAUGUGUAUCAAAAGAUAUGGCAGACACAUGAAAUUUAUAUCAAUUAACUAUGCCCAUCAGAUUAACAGGCUGGGGGUGAAAAUCCUGCUGGCCAUAGCAGAGAACUGCAAAAUUCUGCAGGUACUAAAGAUAAGUCAGAAAUGUCCUCUAACUAUGCAAGAGUGUGGCUACACGUGGAGUCAGAGUGCAGUCAGAGCUGUGUGUACAAUAGCAACUGUGUGCAGUCAUCUAAGAGAAAUUAGUUUGGGGCGCCCUAUCAUUGAGUGGACAAUGCCCCCCACCAGUAAUGUGAUUAUCAAAUUAAUACAGUGUGACCUGCAGGGGUUGGUGACAGAAUUAGAGCUGGACAGUAAUUCACUGAUGGAGCAUGAAGGCUAUUUAGAUAUCCUCGCUGGCUUUGUCAACCUUAAGAAGCUGACAGUGAGACGAGACAAGAUUAAUAAUGAUAUUCUGCUGAAGACAAUUUCCAACAAGCUGGAGGAACUGACUCUAUAUCAGGACGAGGAACUUCAUGUGCAGGACAGUCGCCAGUUGGAGGCAGAGUUCUGGCUGAAGGCCGUUCACAUCCGACCCUCACUCCGGGUGGAUUUGGUCCUCCGGUUCAUCGUGGUUAUCAAGGACUCGUUCCCAGCUCACAUGCCCCUGCGAUGUCUGGUUUUGGAUGACUUAGUUAACAUAGUAACCAAAGGUGUUCUUGAUCAUAUUGUGGAAAGUUAUGCACACACAUUAGAACAUUUUGUGUACACUAAUUCAUAUAUAGAAACAUUUGAGACUGGAGAUAAACGCCUACCCUUUGCACUGGUUGACCUGGUCAGAAAAUGUGAACAGUUGCAUUCUCUACAGUAUGGGUUUCCUUUGUCGUCAACAUCACUUUUGCUUAUUGCAAAGGCACGUAAACUUCAGUCACUGUUGGUGCCCACAGUAGAAGUGUCCUAUGAGUUUGAUUGGCCAGUCCGACCAGACUGGACAGAUGAGUUUGUAGAUUGGCUAAGAAACACUGGCAGUUCUGAAACCAAGCUGGAGAGAGCUGUGUCUGAGCUUCUGGGACAGGACUGGAAGCUCUGUGACACUUUUGCAGCCUCAUGGAAUCAAUUUGACUUUUAGAUUUCAGCCAUGAAAUACUCGGGCUCUAUGAAGAGCAUUCACAGUGGUAGAGUAUCAGAGUGAGACUGUCAUUGUGACAUUUGAGCAAUAAAAUCUUAA